GUAGAAUCACGAAUCAUCCAAUUCCUCCAGAACUCUCGUAGAAUCAUCGCUAGAUUGUUAAAACCCAUUAUCAUCCCGGAGGCUAAUCCGAGAUCCGUCUCCUCUGUUUCUCAAAUCCCCGGUCCCUUCCAAUGGCCGAAUCAUCCGUCUCCUUCCUCUGUACUAAAAGGGUGCUUGCAUACUCGCUCGUCUUCGUUCAGCUUGUUGAUCCCUAGCUCAAGCUUUUCCUCUGAAGCGGGAGAUCCUACAGUAACUGUGAAGGAACUGCAUGAUAAGAUUCUUGAAUCUGUAAAUGUCAAGAGAUCAAUGCCUCCAAAUGCUUGGCUGUGGUCGUUGAUUGAGAGCUGUCAGUGUCAGGAUGACAUUAAUCUUCUCUUUGAAGUUCUUCAGAAGCUCCGUAGAUUUAGACUAUCCAAUCUUGGAAUUCAUGAUAACUUCAAUAGCAAUCUAUGCCAACAAGUUGCUAAGACUUGUGUGCGUGUUGGUGCAAUUGACUCUGGAAAGAAGGCUUUGUGGAAACAUAAUGUUCUGGGUUUAACACCCAGUGUUGCGUCUGCACACCAUCUAUUGUCAUAUGAACUAGAGCACAAAAAUUCUGAACUCAUGGAAGAAGUAAUGACACUCCUGAAAACUAAUGACCUGCCUCUCCAACCUGGUACAGCAGAUUUAGUUUUCAGAAUCUGUCAUGAUACAGAUAAGUGGGAUUUACAAGGAAAGUACUCAAAAAGGUUCUCCAAAGCUGGAGUUAAGUUGAGGACGACCACGUUCGAUGUAUGGAUGGACUUUGCUGCCAAUAGAGGGAAUACAGAGUCGUUGUGGAAAGUAGAUAAACUGAGAUCAGAGACAUACAAUCAGCACACUCUUUCUACUGCUUUUUCUUGUGCAAAGGGUUUUGUAAUUGAAAGUAAACCUGAAGAAGCUGCUGCCGUCAUCCAGCUUAUCUGCCAGGUGAGUCCAAAUGACAAAAAAUCAGUAGUGUCGACCGAAUUCAAGAAACUGGUCAAUGAGUGGCCUGUGGAGGUUAUCAGGCGCCAAGCUGAAGAAGAUAAGAAGGCUCUAGCUGAUUCAUUGAAGUCUGUCAUUCCGUCCAUGGUUAAUGCGUUGCUAAGCUCGGGUUUGAACGUGAGCAUGGACUUAGAUGAGUUAUACAAGAAAGAUGAUCUUCUCAGCUGAAUGUUUGAAUCAUCAUUUACAGAAAGCUUCGUUGCGGCGGCUCCACAGGUUUGGAAGUUUGUUUCUUUUGCACCGAAGUUUCGAUGUGAUCUUGUCCUUUUCACGGUGGCAACGUAGAGAAGGGAAAUAACAAAUUGGUGUUCAGUUUCUUACUUCUUACGGUAACUCUUUAGUCUUUUUUAUCCUUUGAACUUGACGCGGAAACAAGAUGAAUUGUCCCUUUAAUUUUUGUAACCAUCUCUGUAGUAUUAUUUGAUAAGUCAGUUUCCUACUUGUCACGUUCA